AUAGUCAUAUUUUAUUUGUUAAAUUGUGUUGGUUUUUUAUAAUCCAUACUGGGUGGAUUGUGUGUGUGAGACACAUAUUAUUGGAUGUAUGACUUAUUUCAUAAUGAAAAAAAUUGGAAAUAAAGCAGUGUGGCUACAAUGCUUUAAUUAUGUUUUCCAGUUGUUGCUGAUAUAUUAAAAAUACAAAUAAGCCAAAGGAAAGUUGACAAAAAACAUGAAAAGGAAAUAUGAAGAGAUGCUUAUCACCAUCAAUAAGCAGAGAAUUACAAAUCAAGAGUACAGUGAAAUACUGCUUCGUACCCACUUGAUUGACAGAAAUUAAAAAGUCCUUUAUCAGAUGUGUCUGUUGCAAAUCAUUUUCUCCUGGUCUGUGAGUUGUCUUCUCAUUCCCUUGACAAUAUCUUCUGCAGAGCAGAAGUUUUUAAUUUUAAUGAAGUCCAGCUUACCAAUUAUCUUCUUCAUGGGUAGUGCCUUUGGUGUUGUAUCUAAAAAGUCAUUGUCAUACUCAAGACCAUCUAGGUUUUCUCCUAUAUUAUCUUCUAGGAACUUAAAAGUUUUGACUUUUACAUGUACGCCUUUGUUUUAUUUUGAGAAUGUUUGUGCAGAAUGUAAGGUCUGUGUCUGGAUUCAUUUUCUUGUGGAUGUCCAAUUGUCCAGGAUCAUUUGUUGGAUAGAAUUUUCUCUGUUGUAUUACCUUUGCUCCUUUGUCAAAGACCAGUUGACUCUAUUUAAGUGAGCGGUUUCUGGGCUCUCUAUUCUGUUCCAUUGAUUGGUUUGUCUAGUCUUUCGCUAAUACCCACUGUCUUUAUUACUGUAGCUUUAUAGUAAGUCUUGAAGUCAGUGUCAGUCUUCCAACUCUGUUCUUCAAUAUUGUGUUGGCUAUUCAGGGUCUUUUGCCUCUUCGAGUAAACUUAUGAAUUAGUUUGUCAAUAUCCACAAAAUAAUUUGCUGGGAUUUUGAUUGGGAUUGCAAUGAAUCUGUUGAUCAAGUUAUGAUGAACUGACAUCUUGAAAUAUUGAAUCUUCCUAUCCAUGAAUGUGAAAUGUCUUUCCAUUUAUUUUGUUCCUUGAUUUCAUUCAUCAGAGUUUUAUAGUUUUCCUCAUUUAGCUCUUGUAAAUAUUUUGUUAGAUUUAUAUCUAGGUAUUUUUCUGAGUGCUACUGUAAAUGGUAUUGUGUCUUUAAUUUCAAAUUCCACUUGCUGGUAUGUAGAAAAGCAAUUGAUCUUGGUAUAUUACUCUUGUAUUCUGCAGUCUUGCUAUGAUGGCUAAUUAGUUCCAGGAGUUUUUUUGGUGAUAUGUUUUAUUUUUAAGUGGCCUGAUUUGUUUAUUGUUUGGGAGUUUAAAAAUUUGCAUUAUAAAUCUCAUAGUUAGGUUCUGUGAAAAUGCAAAAUGAAAUGGAAGCUGAAGUAUAGAAUUUGAGAGGCACUGUUAAUUCAGCUAAUGAGUGUAAUUGGGAGGUAAGCAAGCUCAAUGAUAUUUUCUGAUGGUGUGAAUAAAGAUCAGUAGUCAAUAAUAAAUUCCUGCUCCAAGAUACAGGAGGCUAUUUUUUGUUUCUGGCUAAAGUCAACAAUAUUAACAUUUUACUUUAGAUAGUACAGCUAUCUUUUUUUAAUUUUUUUUUAACCUGUCUCAUUAAAUUUUUACACCAACUCCAUGAGAUAAGUAGAGCAGGUAAUGUUUAAUCAGUUUGACAGGUGAGGAAACUGAGGUAUGGAAUAAAUAAUUGACAUGCUUGAGCUGGACAAAAGCAACUCUGGAACUGACUCCAGAGUUUUUAACUGUUAUUUGGAAAAUCUAAGUAAUAAGCUUGUAUUGCUUCAAAGGUCAAUAUGCAGAAUUUAAAAGUCUUAUUUGAGUUCAAAUACAAGGACAUAUCAUAAUUUCAUUUCCUGGGCAUUUUGUAAAGGAUAUCAUUUAUAGAUUUUAUUAAAUGUAUCAUGAAUGUGAGUUAAAUUCUCCAGUUGUCUUCCCUACAAUGUUAAUACUAACAUGGGCAAUACAAAAAGUAUAAUAGAAGUAUUAUUAUUCAGUUUAUAAUAUGACUUGUAUCUUCCUUUAUUGCUUUGAUCAGGCUGCUGUUAAAAUUAGGUUGCAUACAUUGAUUAAAGGCAAACUAGGCUUUGGGUAACAACCUUGGACUGUUCUGGAAGAUGGAAGAAAACAAUUGAGGGUAAACUAACAUUCUUGGAAAUAAGGGACUUCAUUCAGUUAUACUUUGUAUAUAGCAUCUUCCUAUGUAUCAGAUUCCUAUGUAUCUGUGAAAAUUUAAGAAAGAUGAAUCUCAUUUGAAAAUUCAACCACCAUUUUAUUUUAGGAGAGCAGAUACAACCAUAAAUCAAAUUUAAGACAUAUCAGAGAGUUCAUUUGUCUGCCUAGCUUGAUCAAAUUAGUUGAUACUUUUGAUAAUUAUCAAAUCAAGUUGAAAAAGAAACCAUGCUUUGUAUCCUAAGGCCUUACUUGCAGACAAAUGGCUUUCCUUAAAGAUAAAUUGAGAGCUAGGACAGUUUUUGUUAAAUAUUAACAAUAUGAUUGAAGAACUAUUGAAACUGCAUGAAGAUGGCUGUUUUUCCUGAGGCUUUUAAGAUAGAGAAGGGGGAGAAAACCUUAUAGAAUUAUUAAAGCUUAAUGUUAAUCAUUUGUUUUCUUAGAGAAAUCAUAAUUAUUUGUUGUUCACACAAAGGAAUUUUCCUUCAUUUUCUUUUUUACGUAGAUCCAUUUGAACCACAGCGGCGUCCCCCUGUGAAGAAAAGUCGACAACAACUUCAGCGAGAAAAAGCCCUUCAAGAGCAAAGCCAAAAGCUUGGACUGCAAGAUGGAUCAACCAGAUUACCUCCAGAGCAGCUGCUCUCUGCACCACAACAGAGAUUUAAUCCUCAAAAGCCACAGUUUUCUCCCCUUACUGCUCCUAGUCCUCUUACAAUCACGUCUCCUGUUGGUGAUGGAAAACCACGGGGUACUGAAAGUCAGCCAAGGGAACUGGGACUUGAAAAUUCCCGUGAUGGUCACACAAGUGCUGAGGUUGUACCUCCAAAGCCAGAUUGCAAAUUGGAGAAAAAGAAAGUGGAAUUGCAAGAAAAGUCUCGUUGGGAAGUCCUCCAACAAGAGCAGCGGCUAAUGGAAGAAAAAAAUAAACGUAAGAAAGCUCUUUUGGCUAAAGCUAUUGCGGAAAGAUCUAAAAGAACUCAGGCAGAGACCAUGAAACUGAAGCGGAUCCAGAAGGAGUUGCAGGCUUUAGAUGACAUGGUGUCCGCUGACAUUGGAAUCCUCAGGAACCGGAUUGACCAGGCCAGUCUGGACUAUUCAAAUGCUCGGAAGCGGUUUGACAGGGCGGAAGCAGAGUAUGUUACAGCCAAGCUCGAUCUACAGCGCAAGACUGAUAUUAAAGAGCAGCUCACCGAGCACCUUUGUACGAUCAUACAGCAAAAUGAGCUCCGCAAGGCCAAGAAGUUGGAGGAGUUGAUGCAGCAGUUGGAUGUCCAAGCCGAUGAGGAGGCUUUGGAGCUUGACGUGGAGGUGGAGAGACUGCUGCACGAACAAGAGGCAGAAGCAGGGAAACAGAAGGUUCAUGGAGAGAGGCCGUUUCAGCCUUCUGGGGAGACUGUGACAUCAGGAUCUGCUCAGAACAAAGAGCAUCAAGCACCAGCUGCUUGCCCAAAGGUGGAUGAACAAUGUGAAAAUCCCAAGAGCUCUCCCCUUCUCACUCCAGACCACCCAAGUCAGGAAGCGAAGACUACUGUACAUGAUGACAGUUCGGCUGCUCUGGCCACAUGAAGGGCCAGUGUUUAUUGUUUUUAGCUAAUAUGGUCUUCAGAAACUUUCUGUUGUAGAGUAUGCCAUGACCGCUGGUAAAUGCCUCUUUGAAACAAUAUUUGAAUCUAAGAUUAGUUUUAUAACGUGUUGGACCAUUCUAAAGUCUCAAAUAAUGAUAAUUUUAUACAUAGUUCACCUUGAUUUUGGUCUGGUUCCCUUAAAGUACCCUUAUUUUGGGUGAAAACAAGUGACUUCAAAGGAUAGAAGAAAAAGUACAUGGGUAUGACCAGGUCAAUACAGAAAAGUAAAAUGAAAAAUGAUAACCUCUCAUCAAACUCAUUUAACUUCCAGGAGAAGUGCUGAGACUGAGAAUCCUCUUUUAUGUCAUCAGUAAAAAGAGACACAAAUAUUAAAUGUGAAGAAGAGAACAAACAUCUAACAAAAGUAAUAUUUGGCACUUACUAUUCUCUCUCCGGAUCUUACUCCAUUGCAAAACACAGCUUUGAGGUUACCAGACAGCUUAAGCCAACAUUACUUUUCUAUUCACUUUGCCUUUUACAUGGCUUUAGUUUACAGCCUGAGUUUGGAUUCGUUGAUACACACAAACAUAUAUAUAUAUAAUUUCACUAUUAAUAUAUUGUCUUUAAUCAGCACAUUGAUUAAAUUUAGACAAUGAAAACAUGUCUACAGUAAGGCUGAAAAUAAUACAGAAAAUCUUGCUACUUCUGAUUAUGAAAAAAAAUUAAUACAUUUUCUAAAGUUACCCGUAAGUAUGUAUUUUAUAUGUUGGAUAUAAAUUAUCCUGUCAUAAAGCAUUUAAAUUGUUAAAAUGAUGAUUUUCUUAUUAUUCUAAUAGUUUAUUAAUUACCAUCACUAAUACUUGACCACUACAUUGUGAUGUGAAUAUGUAAGUAAAUAUUGUAGUUUUAUUACAAAAUCUGUGAAUAACACAUUCAAUUCUGGUUUAUCAGAAAUUCCAAAUAGUAAAAUCAAGCAUUUUAAGUCUUAAAAAGAAGAAAUAAAAGAUAAGGACAAAUGUAAUAUUGUAUCCAUAAUAAUUUCUGAAAAAGAAUUUUUAAAUGAGUUUGAGGAUAUUAUUUUCUAGUAAUGAGGAUGAGCUCUGUAUUUUUGUAUUAUGUAAUUUGAAAUUAUAGCUUUCCAUUACUGGCUUCUCUAAACAGAGGCAUUUAUAUAGUUUGUUUUUAUUUAUGAAUGACAUGCAUGCAUAAAAUCUGAAAGCUUCAUUGUCCAAUAUACUCCUAUUUUUCUAAGGAAUAAACAAAUCUGAUGCAUUUAUAA